AUCGCGGCGCGCCGCGGUGUGUGCCGCCCGCGCGUCCCCGCCGCCGCCCGCCCGCCCGCAGCAUGGCCGUGCAGGGGCAGCCGCCGCCGCCGGCCCCGGCGCUGCCCACUGCCGGGAUCCCCUCGUUCGCCGUGGCCCGCGGCCUGGUGGGCCGCCGCUACUCGUGCCUGGUGGUGGCGCCUCACCGCAGGCACGUGGCGCUGGCGCCGCGCUACCUGGGCCGCAAGCGCAGCGGCAUCCGCGCCCAGCUGGACGGCGAGCUCCUGCGCUACUCGGAGAGCUUCCAGGGCGUGCCGGUGGCCUACGACAACAUCAAGGUGGUGGGCGAGCUCGGGGACAUUUACGACGACCAGGGGUUCGUCCACCUGAACAUCGAGGCGGACUUCGUCAUCUUCAGCCCCAAGAAAGGGAAAAAACUGGUGGGUGUAGUUAAUAAAGUGGCCCCUAGUCACAUUGGCUGCCUGAUACAUGGAUGCUUCAAUGCUUCUAUCCCUAAACCUGAACAAAUGUCAAUUAUACAGUGGCAAGAGCUGGGGCUGAAGAUAGGGGACGAACUGAAAUUUCGAGUAUUGCAUUUAGAAUCUGAUGCUGCUGGGGUGUUCUUCAUUCGAGGAGAACUCACUAAAAGCAGCUUGCGGCCCAAACAAACUGAGACCAUCACUGACAGUACAAAUGCAGAUGAAACUCAAAAGCUUGACCACCAAGAAAAUGGGCUGAAUGAUUCUCAGGAAGAUAAUGUCACAGAGGAGCCUCUACCUGAGAUGGAUAGCACUGCGGGGGAAAAUGCAGAAGAGCAAAGUGUUGAUGCUGCAAAUGGAUUAUGUGAUGUUAAGAAGAAGAAAAAAAAGAAAAAACAUAAGGAAGAAGAACAGGGACACGUAUUGCCUACCAGUGACUCCAGUGGUUACCAAAGUGACCAUAAAAAGUCAAAGAAAAAGAAAAGAAAGCAUUGCAAUGAAGCUGAAGAAAGUGAAUUAUCUCAGCUGUCACAAGAACCUAGAGCUAAAAAGAAAAGGGCUGAAGUCUGAAGUGCCUUUCCUGAAUAAGUUUUCAGACAUUUUUUAUAAGCUUCAAUAAAAGCCUGUUUUCAAAAUGCAAA